CCCACCGAUGCUUUUUUGUAACUAUUCUAAAUGUCUGUUCGAAUUAUGUACUCAUGGUAUUAACAGGAACCUUACUGUUACAGAGUGGAAUGGCAACUAUACAAACCUUACAUGAUUAUCCCAACAAAGAACUUCAGAGGGGAAGCAGUUUGUUUCAAAUCUGUUCAUUUCCAAUUACCGUACUAACUCUUUUUGUGGCUGGUACAGAAAGUAUCAAUAUAUAGGCUUGUGCGGGUGCAGUAUGAGUAACGUAUUUCUUUUUUCAACUCACCAUGCGUAUUCUCUUGUUUAUUUUUGCGGCCAUUGUUGCCCUAGUGACGGUGGCAUCUGCUGCCAAAUUAUCUACCGUCUCUCCCAGUAAAAAGCCACAGAUCAAGACGCUUACAAAGAGUGCAUUACCCUCUCCAAACAAGAAACCUCUCAUCAAGACACUGACCAAUAUGCCUCCUGCACCUUCUUCUCCAACGAAAACGAUGAUCAAAACAGUUCAACCUAUCUCUAGCACUAAGAGAGGCAUGACUCCUUCGGAAUCUCGUGCCAGUGUACAAAAAUACAAAUCCUAUCAUCAUUGCAUUAUGAUGAAUAACCAUGCUCGUCAUGAUCCUCGCAAGUCUUGGACUCCCUUGAUAACAUGUGUAUCUCCAUCUUAAGUAAAACUAGGGAAACGAGCCUCUUCUAUCCGAAUCUAAAAAGUUUUUCUAUUUUUUUAGAACUUCUUUUGUGUAUAUUAUGGAGAAUAAAACUAUGUUUUGCGCGAAGUUAAAAAAAUUGCCUAUUCAUCUUAAUUGCCCUCACCACUAGUGCAAUAACACAUUUUAAAGUAUCGAAAUAAAAGAGAAC